GUGUCCUGAGAAAUAGACGGAACACCAGCUUUUCCCUUUGGAGCUGUGAGUAACAUGCUGUUGUACAUGUUAUGACAGAAAUUGAUGAGUUCUGAAGUAUAUUUUAGUAUGCAUGCAUGUGCAUAUAACAUUGAGUGAGCAAGGGUGGAUUACUCAACUGUAUUUUUUAGUCCGAGAGAACAUGAGUGAAGGAGGGAGACUAUUAUCAACAGCAAUCCAAAGAGAGGUAAUGUUGAGGCGCUGCAUACUAAGUGCGCUGUAAUCAUGACCAAUAAUCUGAUAAAGAAUCCCAAUGGUGAAGAGCAACUGAAUUUCUGGGAGCUGACAGAGAAUGGUGGGAGCGAGUGGAUGGUGGAGGACAUGCCAGGGGACUGUGGCCAUGACUUCAGUGAUGCAGCUGUGAUGAAAUACUUUGCAACCUCCUUUGAGCUCUGUCUGAAGAGACAGGUGAUUGACUUAUUUGAGGAAGGUUUCACUUCUGAACAGCUCGAUGCCCAACCUGUCGUAUCAGUGGAGGACUGGUACUGUGGGAGGCAGGACUGUGGCUGCACCUACCAAAUAACAGUAUAUCUGCUGGAUGAAAAUCAUGUGGUCAUGCAGGAGUUCAGACCAGAACCUGUGACUCUCGACCCAGAGUGUGACGACUGUUCAUGGAAACAGGUCAACCACACAUUUUCGGAGUAUGGCCCUGGUCUGCGUUUCAUCUCCUUUGAACAUGGAGGGCAAGACACAAAGUACUGGGAGGGGUGGUUUGGAGUGCGGGUUACUGGGAGCUCUGUUACUCUUCAGCUCUAGGCAAGAAUAAAAAAAUGGAGAGAACGUGUGAUGGUUUCAAGAUGACCACUUGUCGUAUCCACCACUAAACCGGAGUACUGCACAUCAUACUGUACAUGUUGCAAGCUAGUUGGGAAAAACUUGCCCCUAUUUUUGUGGGGUUCCAAGCAGUAAUAAAUAUGAAAUACAAAUGGACCACUACAAGUAGACUGAAUUAACGAUAAAGUGCAUCAUCUCUGGCAAGUGCAGUGUAUGAAAUGAUUAAGAUUGUAGAAUUGAAUGAUGAAUUGAUUGAGUGGUUGAAUGUUUGGUGAAAUUUUAUGCAUUGCUGUAGCUAAUGUGCUGAGGUUUAGCCGUUUUCCCACAUUGACUGGAAGUUACUGAUACUCACUGCACCAUACUAUGUACAACAUAAUGAAAGCAAAUGCAGAACUCUGAUACAAAUCUUCUAUCAAUAAAUUGAUAACAGGCUUAUGUGUUGUAGAUUACAGGGGUGUUGAAAUGCACAUUAACAAGAGUUGUUUCAAAUACUUUAGCCACCUCUAGAUAGAAUUGGGGUGGCAUGGUGGACAAUGAACUAGUUCAUUUUUGAACCAGUGAACUUCAAAAUUUAGUAAAUGUAUGACUGACUAACUAAACUGGUUCAUUUUUGGAAUGGUGAACUGAACUUUGAACUAGUUUGCGUAGAAAAUUAACUUUCCCAACA